CCUUACUGUCCUAACACCUUUUGCCUGUAUGACCGUCGACACAUGUUCAUUUAAUGGAUCAGGUUGGCAGAGUUUCACUCCCACUGGCAACAUUUGCCAUCGCUUUGUUCGUUGCCGAAAUAUGUACAAGGUACCUUGACUUUAAUGACCAAAUCUUACCCAAGAGGAGAGAGAAUUAUCUCUACAUCCAGUACCUCGUACAGAACAAUUAAAAUUAGUCUACCUGUCCACGUAUGCAGCAACCAUUGACAGUGCCGAUCGACACAUUCCAUCCAAGACAUGGAUUGCAACAAGGGCCAGAACCAAAGUUCUUUUACCUCCCGUAAGGUACCAACCAGUACACGCAGGGCGUUGUAAUACGAACAACCUUUGGACUACUCACAAGUCAGAACCAAAAAGCCCCCUUGUGUGGGAAAAGGUAAA